UCGGUGAUCACGUGUCAGUGUUUAUGAUGGCGGCGGAGGGUAGCAGCAGAAGAAUCAGCUAGCCGGAGCUGGAGUCGGUGGGAGAUAUAUAUACACACACACACACAGGGAAAAAAAGCCUAAAGAAACCCCCCAAAACAAUCUGCAGACACCCAACAAACAUUAUAUAAUUUAUCGAUAUUCUGCUUAGCUUAUAAAUAUACAUAUAUACGCAUAAAUAUAUCCAGAUAUACUGAAAUAUAUAUCACACCUACCUUUAAUCUCUCUGACUCAGUUUCUUACUUUUUACCUGAACUGGAUAUUGUGAGUUACACGAAUAUAUAUUUCUUCUGUUAACUUUCUACCACCUACGGAAAACACCUCAGCCAGGAAGAAGACGACUGUUAUUAACUAUUAUUGUUGUUGUCAUUAUUAUUAUCAUUAUCAUUAUUAUUAUUACUACCUCUCCCACUUAGAAGCGGAUAUAUCACAUAUCUAUACACAUAUACACACAUAUAUAUACCUAUAUAUAUCUAUCUAUCUAUAUAUAUAUAUAUAUAUAUUAUAUAUAUAUAUAUAUAUAUAUUUGUGUGUAUGUGUAAAUAGGGAGAGUGUGAAGAAGAAAACAGAUAAACCGAAAUUAAAAGAAAAAAUUCAACUGCUGCUACUACUACUACAUAUUAGAUUAGGGAAGAGAGGGCAAAGAGAAACGGCAUAUAGUUAUAUCUAUAUAUUUUUAUAAUUCUGAGUACCUACAUUAAACACGUACGUUUGCAGUCUGCUGCAUGUCGUCUACGUACGCAACAAGAACUAUAGGAACAAAAAUACUAAAUCUAUCCAUCCACACAUUUUCCGAUCGGGAUCUUCCUCUUUCGUCAUCAUCAUCAUUAUUCCCUUCACCACCACCACCACCAGCAAGCCAGUUCAAUGUCAUAACGGCCAACACCGAUGCCCAACAUCUUUACACCACCAAGUACCUAGUAAGACCAUUACUAUUUUCAUCGAUGUCGUAUCUUCCCAAAUAUCGGCCAGCUUCUUCUGAAUUAUGCAUGAUACAGAAAAAGUAAAAGCCAUGUUUUUAACCCGAGCUCUUGAGAAAAUCUUGGCUGACAAGGAAAUCAAAAAGACAUAUCACACCCAGUUGAAGAAGGCCUGCGAAGUAGCACUCGAGGAAUUAAAAAAUGACAACAAAAGUAAAGGACAAGGAACAAAAGCUUCCUCAGCUUUGCCCCUUCCGAAAUCUGCAUCCGAAUUUGUUGAAACUGACAAGUAUUUCUUGCCCUUUGAACUUGCAUGUCAGUCAAAAUGCAACCGCAUUGUCAACACUGCUUUGGACUGUUUACAGAAACUCAUUGCCUAUGGUCACCUGACUGGCAAUACUCCAGAGUCUUCUACACCUGGCAAAAGGCUUAUUGACCGUAUUGUUGAGACAAUAUGUGUUUGUUUCCACGGGCCGCAGACUGAUGAGGGCGUCCAACUGCAGAUUAUUAAGGCUUUGCUAACUGUAGUGACAUCAAACAACUGUGAGAUCCAUGAAGGGACUGUUCUACAAGCAGUACGUACCUGUUACAACAUCUACUUGGCCAGCAAGAACCUAGUCAACCAGACAACAGCCAAGGCCACGCUCACUCAGAUGCUUAAUGUUAUCUUCUCCAGAAUGGAAUCCCAAGCUGAUCAAGAGAAACAGAAAGAUAAGCAAGUCCAGAAAACGGAAAGGAAAAGUGAAUCUGAUUUGGAGGAUCAAGAGAAACAGAAAGAUAAACAAAUUCCGAAAACAGAAAAGAAAAGUGAAUCUGAUUUGGAGGAUACAAAAGAAUCCAGUCCUGUAUCACCAGAUAACAAGGAGAACUGUGCAGAGUCACCAGCUCCAGAUAAAGAAACUGGGUCCACACCUCUGUCAGAUGGGAAUCAGAAAAGCUUGGAAAAUAAUUAUGAAACAGAAAAGAGUGAGAAAAUAGAAGAAAAUGGUAAGGUAAUAGCUGAAGCUAUACUGAAUGACAUUCUGGAUAAAGUUACAGGAGAGCAGGACAAGAGGCCAAGUGAGAAAGGUGUUGAGGUGGUAUCCCCUAGCGUUCCAGCUGCUGAACCAAGGAAGACCUCUCUCACUACUCUAUCCCCCGUACUGGGAGGUUCAACAAGUCACCGCAUAUCAGAUGACAACCUUGACAAUUGUGCAGAUGGAGCAGAGCCUGCUGCAGGUGCAUUUGCUCACAUUCUACAGAAAGAUGCUUUCCUCGUGUUUCGCAGCCUGUGUAAACUUUCCAUGAAACCCCUUUCUGAGGGGCCACCAGAUCCCAAGUCUCAUGAGUUGCGGUCCAAGAUCCUGUCUUUACAGUUGCUACUGUCAAUUCUGCAAAAUGCUGGGCCAGUGUUCAAAACCAAUGAAAUGUUCAUAAAUGCUAUAAAACAGUAUUUGUGUGUUGCCCUGUCGAAGAAUGGUGUCAGUGCCGUCCCCGAAGUCUUUGAGUUAUCUUUAGCCAUUUUCCUUACAUUACUCUCUCAUUUCAAACAACAUCUCAAAAUGCAAAUUGAGGUCUUCUUUAAAGAAAUCUUCCUGUACAUUCUCGAAACAACUAGCAGUUCAUUCGAGCACAAGUGGAUGGUAAUCCAAGCACUAACCAGAAUAUGUGCUGAUGCCCAGUGUGUGGUGGACAUCUAUUUAAAUUAUGACUGUGAUCUUGCUUUGGCAAACAUAUUUGAACGUUUAAUCAAUGAUUUGUCAAAGAUUGCGCAAGGCCGGCAAGCUCUUGAACUUGGGGCCACACCCAAUCAAGAGAAAAGUAUGCGCAUUAAGGGACUUGAGUGUUUGGUAUCGAUACUACGUUGUAUGGUGGAGUGGAGCAAAGACUUGUACAUUAAUCCACACACACAGUCUAACUUGGGUACAGAUAAUAAGCCACAGCUACAUGAAACAGAUAAUGAUUCUGGCAAAGGGACCAUGACUAGCUACGGCAGUGUGAACUCAUUAAACUCCAACAGUAGUUCGUUUACCACAGCUCUACCCAAUGAUAACCCCGAACAGUUUGAGGCUUUCAAACAGCAGAAAGAAAUUAUGGAGAAUGGUAUUGAAAUGUUUUACAAAAAAUCCAAGAAAGGUAUUCACUACCUUCAAGAACAAGGUCUGUUGGGUACAACUCCAGACGACAUUGCAGAGUUCUUUCACAAUGAAGAAAGAUUGGACAAGACUGCAAUUGGAGACUUCUUAGGAGAAAAUGAAAAAUUUAACAAAGAGGUGAUGUAUGCCUAUGUAGAUCAAAUGGUCUUUCAAAACAUGGAUAUGGUUUCAGCAUUGCGUAAGUUUUUAGAAGGGUUCCGUCUACCAGGAGAAGCACAGAAGAUUGAUCGAUUGAUGGAGAAAUUUGCUUCUCGCUAUUGUGAAUGUAAUUCAAACUCUGAAUUAUUUGCAAGUGCUGACACAGCCUACGUGCUGGCCUAUUCGAUUAUCAUGCUUACCACAGACCUACACAGUUCUCAAGUAAAACACAAGAUUACAAAAGAACAGUACAUCAAAAUGAAUCGUGGUAUUAAUGACAGCAAGGACUUACCUGAAGAAUAUCUGUCUUCAAUCUAUGAAGAGAUUGCUGGUAAUGAAAUUAAAAUGAAAUAUACAGGUUCACAUAAACCUGCAAAGUCAACCGCGAAAGACUUAAUCAGUGAGAAACAACGUCGAUUGUUGUACAAUAUGGAAAUGGAGACAAUGGCACAGACAGCGCGUGCCCUCAUGGAGAGUGUCAGUCAUGUACCAUCCAGCUUCACCAGUGCUACCCACUUGGAACACGUCAGACCAAUGUUUAAGAUUGCUUGGACCCCCUUUCUGGCAGCUUUCAGUGUCGGUCUUCAGGACUGUGAUGACACUGAAGUUGCUUCUCUCUGUCUUGAUGGCAUUCGAUGUGCAAUACGGAUUGCUUGUAUAUUCCACAUGGAGUUGGAAAGAGAUGCCUAUGUCCAAGCCCUAGCUCGCUUCACAUUGCUGACAGCUGCUUCCCCAAUCACAGAAAUGAAAACAAAAAAUAUUGACACUAUUAAAACCUUGAUCUCAGUUGCUCACACAGAUGGUAACUAUUUAGGCAAGUCCUGGUUUGAGAUACUUCGCUGUAUUUCUCAAUUGGAACUUGCUCAGUUAAUUGGAACCGGAGUCAAGCCUCGCUACAUUUCUUCAGACGGAAGAGGGCCUAGUAAUGGCCCUUAUUCUUCCUCAGGACCUGGAGACAAAUCCCAUUUUGGCAGCAUGCAACCCAUUGAUUCUUUUGAUCCGAACAGCAUCAUGCCAGGUGGAACUUUGGACCAAAAGCGUCUUGCAAGUAUUCAGGAAACGAUGGGUGAAACCAGUUCACAGAGUGUCGUCGUUGCCGUUGACAGGAUAUUUACUGGUUCUGUGCGGCUAGAUGGAGACGCCAUUGUUGAGUUUGUGAAAGCGUUGUGUCAGGUGUCGUUAGAUGAGUUGGCCAACCAGAGUCACCCGAGGAUGUUCAGUUUACAAAAAAUAGUUGAAAUUUCAUACUAUAACAUGGGACGUAUUCGAUUACAGUGGUCCCGCAUUUGGCAGUACUUAGGGGAUCAUUUCAACAAAGUUGGCUGUAACCCUAAUGAAGACAUCUCGUUCUUCGCUGUCGAUUCCCACCGUCAGUUAUCCAUGAAGUUUUUGGAGAAAGGAGAAUUUGCAAAUUUCCGAUUCCAAAAGGAUUUCUUGCGACCAUUUGAACAUAUCAUGAAGAAAAAUAGGUCCCCAACCAUCCGUGACAUGGUCGUCCGAUGUAUAGCUCAGAUGGUCAACUCACAAGCUGCUAAUAUUAAAUCUGGUUGGAAGAACAUAUUCAGUGUAUUCCAUUUAGCUGCCUCAGACCAAGAUGAAGGCAUCGUCGAACUGGCAUUCCAAACUACUGGCAAGAUUAUCUCCAGUAUAUUUGAAAAGCAUUUUUCUGCCAUCAUCGACUCGUUUCAAGAUGCAGUGAAGUGUUUGUCGGAAUUUGCCUGCAAUGCUGCAUUUCCUGACACUAGCAUGGAAGCUAUACGCUUAAUUCGCACCUGUGCCAAGUAUGUGGCAGAGAAACCCAUUAGUUUCCGUGAACAUGGUACUGAAGAAAUGAAUGUUCCAGAAGAAGGGAGAGUCUGGGUAAAAGGCUGGUUUCCGGUUCUAUUUGAGUUAUCCUGUGUUAUAAACAGAUGUAAGCUGGAUGUUCGUACAAGAGGCUUAACUGUGAUGUUUGAAAUUAUGAAAACGUAUGGUGAUACAUUCCAACAGAACUGGUGGAGAGAUUUAUUUCGUGUUGUUUUCCGGAUAUUUGAUAACAUGAAACUUCCUGAGCAACAGAAUGAGAAAGCUGAGUGGAUGACUACCACAUGUAACCACGCACUGUACGCUAUUGUUGAUGUCUUUACACAACAUUACUCCAUUUUACACCAUAUACUACUUGAUGAACUGUACAAACAACUCCACUGGUGUGUACAACAAGACAAUGAGCAGUUAGCUCGCUCUGGAACCAAUUGUUUAGAAAAUUUAGUUAUUUCCAAUGGUAAGAAAUUCUCCCCUGAAGUCUGGAGUAAAACCUGUACUUGUAUGCUGGAAAUAUUCCGAUGUACCAUUCCUCAUAGUUUAUUGUCAUGGAAACCUGACGGCAAUGAAAACCCUGAACUGCAACCUCUAGGAGGUGAUCAUGAUGUGAGUGAUAGUGUUGAUAACCGUUCCUGUUCAUCAAUUCAAUCACUGGAAGAAGGAGGACAUAAAUUAAAACGGGCAGACAGUGAACAUAGUGUGAACAGCACCAUUUCUUUGGAUUCUAAUCGGGAGCACAAGAUACCCCGAUCAAAAGUGACGUCGGAGCAGAAGUUGUUUACAGGCCUGUUGAUAAAGUGUGUUGUACAGUUGGAGUUGAUCCAAACCAUAGACAACAUUGUCUUUUUCCCUACAACUAGCAAGAAAGAAGAUGCCGAAAAUUUGGCUGCAGCGCAGCCUGCUGAUUGGCUGAAUACACAUGCUAGAUGGACUGAUAGCAGUCUUGGAUUGGAUCCCAGCCAGCAGAAAGAGACUCAUGGUAUGUACCCAUUCCUGAAUAAAGAACAGCUCUUCCUACUGGCUGACUGUUUACUAGAGUCUCACAAGUUUGCCAAGGCAUUCAACUCCAACCAUGAACAACGUAACAUUCUUUGGAAAGCCGGUUUCAAAGGCAAGGCCAAACCAAACCUGAUGAAACAAGAGACACAGAGUCUGGCAUGUCUCCUACGGAUACUUUUCAGAAUGGACAAUGAUGAGAGUCGAGUCGAGUUCCAGUUGGAAAUUCAAGAGAAGUUGAUAUCGGUAUGUAAAGAAGCCCUUGAAUAUUUCCUGUCCCUCCAGUCAGACAGUCACAGAGAAUCCUGGAAUAGUCUGCUCAUCCUGCUCCUCACACGUCUUCUCAAGAUGAAUGAUAAACAAUUCCGUGCCCACGCCUCUGUAUAUUACCCCUAUAUGUGCGACACUAUGGUGUUUGAUUUGAAGCCCGAGAUGAGAUCGAUACUACGAAAAUUCUUCAUCCGCGUCGGACAGACAUUCCAAGUUUGCGAUGAGUGAGUUAGCAAAGGCUGCGUCGCUUGCUGUUGCUGCUGUUGUCGUAGUAUUAAACAAUUAUUAUUAUAAUAAUAGUGGUGGUGGUGGUGGUAGAGUCAGAACAGUGACUUGAUGGAUUGCCAUGGUGGGGGAUAUUGUAAUUGUGGCAGUGGCAGUGGUGGGUAGAGUUGGUGGUAGUAACAACUGGAGUGUUGGAAGAAGUAUGGUGGUGAUAGGGGAGGUAGUAUGGUGGGGAUGAGGCAGCUUAAACUCUAGAAUGGGGUAAAAUCCAGAAGAGUGUGUUAUAGUAAGUAAGGUUAUUUAUGAGUAUGACUUCAAUGUCCUGACUGAGGUGAAUUCAGCAACUGUGCUACAAAUGGAAUUGCCCUUUAUUUUCACCUCUCUCCCUCCCCUACCAAACCUCUUCCUUGUCUGUAUUGUGGUAGUGUAACAAACACUCACACACAGCAUUCUAUAUUCCAGCUUGGCCAGAACAAAAUUUUUAGCCAACCAUCUUGAAUGUGUACACACACACACACACACACACACACACACACACAACAUAUACCCUACACGAGUUGCUUUUUUUUUUUAUAGAUGUUUUCUGUUCCCUUCCAUCUCUCAGGCUUAAUGAAAAAAUUUUAUUAUUAAUUAAUUAAUGACUCGUUAUCAUUAUUUUAUCUCUCUACAUUUCUUCUUUGUAGUUGUAGCAUUUUGUCUAAUGCUCCACCAUUUCUACCAAUAAUACUAAUGGCAAAUGGUGGUGGUUGAGGUGGCUUAUUAUUUUUAUUAUUAUCAUCAUCAUUAUUAUUAUUAUUUGCAGAAUUGGUAUAGUGUUGGACAAAAUGCCUUGUAGUAGUUUAUUAUCUUCUUUUAUGUUCUGAGU